UCGCUCCGCCCGUCAUUUCACAUUUGCGCCUUUGGCGUCGCGACAACCGGACUUGUUGCGCUCGGUGAUUCUUGCAUAUCGCGCGCGCCAACCGUAACGUCUCCCGUGAGACGGCGUGCGUUGUGACCGUCCACAAUAAUCUCCGUGGUGUAAAAAUAAAGCCGUCGACAGACGGCGGCGUCCCAAGUUAUAUUUAAAUGAUAGCACGGACACGGUGCUGGGCUCGCUCCGAACGAUCGCCGACGACAUGAGACUGAAAAGCGUGGGUAUACACUGCGAGUGCUCAGGCCCCAGCGCUUGCCCUGAUGGUACCGCCAACAGCACCUGCCUCACGCAGCCCGGCGGAUACUGCUUCGUAGCUGUAGAAGAAGUGCUCGAUGAAAAUGGCUAUGUGGUGCAGGACCGCACCUCGGGCUGUCUGCCGCCAGACGAGUCCGGGUUCAUGCAAUGCAAAAGUAGUCAAGUACCGCAUCAGCAUCCCAAAGCGAUCAAAUGCUGCGAGUCAGAUUUCUGUAAUAGAGAGCUGUACCCGCAGCUGCCAGAACCUCCUCCCGACGUGACGGAAACACCAACAGGCAUACACUCAUCCCUUUCCGCCAAUUCCACAAUUUUCGUUGCGGCCGCCUUGUGCUUGGCGCUAGUAGGCUUCGUGGCUGCGUUUCUACUGCUAUUCAGACGACGUAGACGCGGUUGCAAACGACCGCCAACGCCACCGGCGCCGUCACAUCACGCAGAGAUCUCAUCCGGCUCCGGCUCUGGUCUGCCGCUCCUCGUGCAAAGAACUGUGGCCAAACAAAUACAAAUGGUGGAGUCUAUAGGCAAAGGACGCUAUGGCGAAGUCUGGCUGGCGAACUGGCGAGGCGAGAAGGUGGCCGUAAAAGUAUUCUUCACCACCGAGGAAGCGUCGUGGUUCCGAGAAACUGAAAUAUAUCAAACGGUCCUCAUGCGUCACGAGAAUAUCCUCGGGUUUAUAGCUGCAGACAUCAAAGGCAAUGGCUCAUGGACGCAGAUGUUACUUAUCACGGAUUACCACGAGAACGGGUCUCUACACGACUACCUGCAAACUGUUGUUCUGGAUACGCAUAGCUUAGUGACGAUGGCAUUCUCGAUAGUAAGCGGAUUGGCGCACCUUCACAUGGACAUAUUCGGAACUAAGGGCAAGCCGGCCAUAGCGCACCGUGACAUAAAGAGCAAGAACAUCCUCGUCAAACGCAACGGGCAGUGUGCCAUCGCGGACUUUGGUCUCGCGGUGCGCUUCGUAGCGGAACAGAACGAGGUGGACAUAGCGCCGAACACUCGUGUCGGCACGCGGCGGUACAUGGCGCCCGAGGUGCUCGACGAGAAGCUGGACGUCACGAACUUCGAAGCGUUCAAAACGGCGGAUAUGUACUCGCUAGGAUUGGUGUUAUGGGAGAUGUGCCGGCGAUGCGCCAGCGGAGACAAGGGCCAGUACGUAGAGGCGUACGCGCUCCCCUACCACGAAUACGUGCCGUCAGAUCCAUCGUUCGAGGACAUGCAUGCAGUAGUGGUGGCGAAGAACGUUCGGCCGCCGAUCCCCGCGCGGUGGAUGGCGACGGAGCCCCUGUCGGCGCUGGUGACGGUGAUGUCGGAGUGCUGGCACGCCAACCCUCCCGUGCGGCUGACGGCGCUCCGCGUCAAGAAGACCCUCGUGAAAUACGUGACCGACACGCAUGUGAAGCUAGUGUGACCGUUAUAAUGUGUGUACUGUUCCUGUAAAUACGUACUGUGAGUACCUACUCGCUGUGUCGGACGGUGCGGCUGCCGGGGCGCGACUAGGCUACGUUCAAAGUUAAGUUCCUCAAUAUUCUAUUUAUUUUUACGUGAUCAAACAUACCCAUAGCUGUAACGGCCAUCGAUGUAAAUUCAGACUGACCACCGUUUCGUUUAAAUCUCAGUAUUGUUAAGUUUGUACAGGUGAGCGGCUCGGACUGGACCUAUAGAUAAGUAGACGCCUACCAGUGAAACUAUUGUGUUUAUUUUCAGCGCACUCGUGAAAACUGUUCAGUUUGAAUCUCUCUGAUAUAAGGAAACUUUCGGAUUUGGUUUGUUCAUUGGACUUAUUUUAUUUUAUGAUUGUUAUGUAGAAUACUAAAGGAUUUUAUAAUGAAAAUUUAUUGUCUUCCGUUUUGAUAAGCAAUACGAAGUGUUCGUGUUGAGGCAGCUUUUGAAAUACUCUGGUUAUGUUUUAUUAUGUUUGUGUAUUAUUAGCCGGUACUGCGCGGUACAUAUGUACGAUAACAAACAUUGAGCGUGUUGUAUUGUGAUAUAUUGACAAUAAGAUGCAGAUGCCUUAAAUUACAAAGUGUACGAACCAUACAAAAUUAUAGUCCCAGUUUAGUGUGUGUGGCGUUAAAGGCUCACUAAUAGCGGAGACGCGGAUUUUCCUCACUUCUCUAAGUGGCGAGAGUCGCUAAUACAUGUCGCUGUAGUUAAAUUUUGAUGCAUAGAGAAAGGAGCGUACAAUAUCGAAAACCCAACGGCAUUGUUGUCAAGUUUCAGAAGUAAGUUGUAAUUAUGAAAUAAAAGAAAGUUAUAAAAGAUGAAAGAAGUUAUAAGUGCUUUAAUAGUAAUUUAAUAACUAAAAUGUUACAUGAACAUGAAAAACUUUUUAUUUCUUUCAAAAACAAUUCCAUUUCAAUAAUAUAUUGUUGGGACGACCUAGUAAGAAAAGCAAAGACUGCGUCAGGGGUAUCCUGCUCUUACAUAUAUGUGAUUUCAAAUAGAAAAAUUUUGUCAUGAAUUUCCUACAAUAGAAUAUAUACAAAUAUUGUUUUCUAUAUAUACAAAUAUAUAGAAAACAAUUAUCAUGCAAUAACAUUCUGAAAUCACUAAACAAUUGGAUUAGGGAAUAUUGCCUUUGUAAUUUUACCUAAAGGUUAUGCAGGCAGUGAGUUUCUUUUGUAUACAUUAUUGUGCAAUAUUUACAUAGCAUAAAAUGAAGUCACUUUCGCUGUCUGUUCGCUUAGACCUUUUAAACUACGUAACGGAUUUUAAUGCAGUUUUUAUCAUAUAUAGAUAUCAUAGGUAGAGUGAUUCAAGAGGAAGGCUUAUAUGUAAAGAAAAGUUUACUUUGAAAAAGAAUGCCGGCAUAGUUUGAGUUUUCGAUAAUGAACACUGCAUAUAUCUUCGCAAUUAGUGAAGCCGUGUCAGUAGAGACAUUGCAGUUCUGUAUACACAUAUGAUCGUACUUAAUGUCGAAUAGAAGACUUAUUUGUGUGUGAGUAUUCAACAUAUGCGCAGUGUCUUAUGAGGAUGCCUUCGCCACGUUUAGUAUUAAUUAACACGGUUUAUUUGUUGUCAUGCACUUGGUCUGCCGGGUAACGAAUAAUGCAGAAUUAUGUGCCUUAUUUCUCAAA